AUGACAACGAAUCUGACCAAUCACACGCCUGUAUACGACAACGACACGCCCUCCCGAGCCAAACAGGAUAUUCUUUCAUGUUUUUCUCUCUGGGGCAGAAGAAGCGUGAGAAAACGCCUUCUGUGAAAGAUGGAUGCAACACAGAUGAUUGAUGACUCUAUUCUGGAGUCAGAUGAAGAGGUGGAGGAAAUCGAUAGAGGAGAUCCACUGGGAAAACUGUGCAUCCUGAAAAAUCCACACAUUCCUGAGAAAGAGUGCCCUCUCUACUUGGGAGAAAAUGUUUUGGGCCGUGACCCCAACACCUGCUCCCUCUCUUUUCCUGCUCCGUCAGUGUCCAAACAGCACGCCACCAUUUCUCUGUCCGUCUACAGAAGAAGAGGAAGCGCGGACCAAGUGGAGGCUCUGCUCUGGGAUAUGGGAAGCAUGAACGGCACUCGCAAAGGACACUUAAAACUAACUCCAAAUGUUCGCUAUGCCCUCAGCUAUGGAGACGCUUUAACGGUGGCAGAUAUUCCGUGUAAAUAUAAGAAAUGUAACGCUGAUGUGCAGGUUACAAGGACUCCUGUGACGCCAGAUCUUAAAACGAAGGAUGUCUUGAGAGAGAAUGGAGGCAACUUAAACACAAGUAAAUCUAAAAGUCCUGCUGUCUCCACAAUAAAGGAUGCUACAGCUGAUGCAGGGGGCACCCGAGGGACACCUGCCAGAACGGGUGGGCUGUCAUUUGAACAAACUCCGACGCAGCCACAGUCGUCUCUGGUGCCCGACUCUGAGUCAGAGUCUGAGGAAGACAAACCAAGAGCUGGACACAGAAUGCGAAAGACUAUAGCGAGUGUUUCUGACUCUUCCAAAUCCAGCCCUGUAUGUUCCACGUUCAUGACUCCCACAAACAAAGUUGUUCCUGAGAGUGAAGAUGAAAGCCCCAUCACUCCAUCCUCAUCAUAUAAAAAUAGGACACAUCGCGUUAGCAUCAACACGGACGAGAGUGAUGGCGAUUUGAACCGACAGGAGCAGAAAAAAAUAGUACCACUUGACAUUGUGGAUGACAGUGAAGGGGAAACGGGAAAAAAUAAUAAAACAUCCUUGGAUAAAAGCUGUGCGCAGUCAGAGCUCUCGAAAGUGGAGCGUGAUGCUAGUAUUCGAGCUAAUGCUGUGUCUGAAUUCAAUAUGGACAGUGAUACAGAUGUGGAAGAAGAAGGAGAGAAGCUAACUGUUGCUAAUGGUACUACUACUACUACUACUAUUACUGCUGCUACUACUGCUUUAACGUCAAGCAAUGCCCAACCAGAAUUCCACAUGGACUCAGACACAGAUGUUGAGGAAAAUGACGAUAAUAAACCUGCGAUUUCAUCCAAUAAAACUCCCAAAAAUUCCCAAAAUGUACAGCCAGUGUGUAGCAUGGACAGUGAUACAGAUGUGGAGGAAGAAGAAGAGAAGCUAACUGUGGCUAAAGCUGCUACUACUACAACAACUACCGCUGUAACGACAAGUAAUUCCCAACCAGAAUUCCACAUGGACUCGGACACAGAUGUUGAGGAUAACGAACCUGCAAUUUUGUCCGAUAACAGUCCCAAAAAUUCCCAAACCGCUCCCGUUGUUCAGCCAUUUUGUAGUAUGGAUAGUGAUACAGAUGUUGAGGACGAAGAGGAGAAGCUAACUGCUGCUACUACCACUGCCCCUGUAACGACAAACAAUUUCCAAUCUUCGAACGAGUCGACGUUUAACCCGGAGAGCGAUACAGAUGUAGAAGACGACGACUUUGCGUCUCGUACAACGGCAAAACCAGAAAUGCCCAAAAUGUCCGCCGACCCAAAUGACUUUAAUUUAGAUAGUGACACGGAUGUUGAUGAGGAAGAGGCUGACGUUACAGCAACUCCUUCACGAUUGGACGCAAAAUCGCCCUCAUCCAAACCUCCACAAGAUCCACAACUUGAUAGCGACGCUGACGGCAAUAAUAAGCCGAUAAUUAAAGUUCCUGUUGCUAGAAAACCAUCUGAAGGUCUGGAGAUUUCAUCCAACAGUGAUACAGAUGUUGAAGACGAUUCUCCAGAUGUUAAACCCACAACAUCUGGUCUGAUUGUAGCUGGACGUAAAGCAAAUAGUGUUGAAGAUACAGGUUUGAAUGAGGCCGUUGUUCGCUCAAACACGGGGGACAAACCAGCGUCGGUGUCUGAGGACGGAGAAAACGAGAUAACGGAGACCGGAGACGACGAGAUUCCUGUCCUGCAAAGAGAGAUAACGCCGGGGAUUCGAGGUGCCUUAUCGAAGAACUGUUCUACUCCCAAACCGCAACAAGAAGGAAAAGUGGAGGAAAUGGAGACUCAGGCCUUUCUAAGUCCGUCCGUACCUGCACACAGACUGACGCCUGUGAGGACUGCUGCACUGUCUUCCUGCUCCAGUCAAGAGGACGACUAUGUUGUAGCCGAGACUCAAUCCUUCAUUUUAAACGACAAAACCGUGGAUCCCAACAUCUCCACAGCCUCUGACUCCUCCCUGAAAGAGCGAGAUGUGUCUAAUACCAGUGCAGGCAACUUCCAACUUGAACUUUCAGAGACCAGUGUCCUGCAAAGUCAGGCCCAAGCUCUGGCCAUGGAGAGUACUCAGGCUUACAUCACCGCAAAUCUGGAAGAAACGCAACCGUACGCAGAUGCGAUCAUCACCGACAAAAAGAACGCACCCGUAGACAUCGCAUUACAAGCGACGCAAGCGUAUAUUCCCACGCAAGACAGCGACGAAGAGGAGGAGAGUGCAGACGGUGGCCAGGAGAGGGAGCUGUCUGAGAGUCGGGCUAACAACGGGGAAGAAGAAGAAGCAAUGCAACCAGUUGAAUUUUUAUCUGGUGGUGCGGAAUCUGCUCUGGUGUUUACGAAGAAAAAACAGGAGCGAAUCCAAGAAGAAGCGACGCAAAACUUUACAGAUGUGGCGGCGGCUCCUACGCAGCUAAUGGUUGAUGAAGAUGACAGUGAAAUGGAUGAAGAGGCGGAAGUUUUUAGCAAGAAAAUAUCAGAGGAAGUCGAGGAGGAAACGGAACCUAAUUCAGAUUUAACCGCGGCGCAAACGGUCCCGAUGGAAAUGCAAGACGAUAGCGAAACCGAUGAAGGUUCUGCGGUUUUUACAAAGAAAAAAGUAACAAAAAUUCAAGAAGACGACACACAAGAAAAUUCCGAUUUCAUUUUCGCCCAAACGGUCCCGAUGGAAAUGCCAGAGGAAAGCGAAAGUGACGACGACGACGACAACCCAGGAGUUUUUAGAAGGAAAACGGCAAAGCAGCUUCAAUCAGAGGAAGAGGAAACCCAAAGAAUAGAACGACCCAAAGAUGAAGGAUCGGAUGAUGAUGAUGAUGAUGAUUCUGGCCCGAUGUUCAGAAAGAAAAAAGUGAAGCCCGUCGACAGAAUCCAGGAAACGCAGUCGUCUUUGGAGUCGGAGGUAACCAUGGCAACAACCCAACCUAUAAUUACAAACGAGGAAAGCGCCGAGGAAGAUGCGAUUUCAGUUGGGAGAAAACGAACAAAAAAACGACAAAAACAGGCUAAUUCUGAAUUUACGGUCGCGCCAACGCAGCCGGUAGUUUUGAGCGAGGAUGAGGAGGAGGAAGACGACACGUUUCCAUCUCCCAGAAGAAGAAAGACGAGAAAACUUGAAGAUACCCAAUCGCUAAAUUCACAAGAUGCAAAAGGUGAGGAAGAGGCUAGUGACGUUAGCGCGAGAGAAGCUAGUGACGUUAGCGCGGGAGAAGCGAGUGAUGUUAGCGCGAGAGCAACGAGAGGUGGGACAAGAUUGGCCAAAAAAGUGAUUGUUGAAGCCGCUAAGAGACAAACGAGAGGGACGAGUAAAGCUACACGAGUUUCUAAACGUAGAAGAGGAAGAGGAAAGGUGGAGACGGAGGAGGAGAACGAGGAAGAGGAGGAACAAGGAGAAAAUAAAAUGGCGGCUGAACUUCAGAGAGAAAAAGAGGAGAAAGAGAUGGCGGCUCGGAUUCAGAAGGAGAAAGAGGAGAGAGAGAUGUUUGAGCGCCAAAAGAGAGAAGAGGAGGAGAGAUUAGAAAAAGAGCAAAAAGAAAGAGAAGAAAUGGAGAGAUUGGAGAAAGAAAGGAUUGAACAAGAAAAGAAAGAACUUGCUGCCAAACUGCAAAAAGAGAAGGAAGAGCGCGAACAGAGAAAGAGGGAAGAAAGGGAGAGACGAGAGAAGGAAGAAAUGGAGAAGCUGGAGAAAGAAAGGAUUGAACAAGAAAAGAAAGAACUUGCUGCCAAACUGCAAAAAGAGAAGGAAGAGCGCGAACAGAGAGAGAGGGAAGAAAGGGAGAGACGAGAGAAGGAAAAAAUGGAGAAGCUGGAGAAAGAAAGGAUUAAACAAGAAAAGAAAGAACUUGCUGCCAAACUGCAAAAAGAGAAGGAAGAGCGCGAACAGAGAGAGAGGGAAGAAAGGGAGAGACGAGAGAAGGAAGAAAUGGAGAAGCUGGAGAAAGAAAGGAUUGAACAAGAAAAGAAAGAACUUGCUGCCAAACUGCAAAAAGAGAAGGAGGAGAGGAAAAGGAAGGAAAACGAAAGAUUGGAAAAAGAAAGGAUUAAACAGGAAAAGAAGGAACAGGCUGCUAAACUUAAAAAAGAAAAAGAGGAGAAGAAGCAGAGAGAGAAACUGGAGCGUGAGAAGAGAGAAAGAGAAGAGAGAGAGAGAUUGGAAGCAGCCAAAAAAGCCGAAGAAGAAGAAGAACGCCAGAGAGAAAAGGAGGAGAGGGAACGAUUAAAGAUGGAGGAGAAGGAAAGACUGGAAAAAGAAAAGCAAAAAGAGGAAGACCAAGCAGCGAGAAGAGGUCGGAAAACUGGGAGGAGAACGAUAGCUGUUCCAGAGUCUUCCUCAACCGUAGCCGAGGAAGAUGACGUUCCAGCAAAGAGAACCAGGUCUCGCUCAAAUUCCUCAAAUUCUGUAGGUUCUGAAAGAUCUGUGUCCAGCAACGUCUCCCAAACGACCCGAGGGAGAGGAAGAGGAAGAGGCGGGAGAACGAGUGAAGUUCAAACCGAGAAAGCGCCGUCUAGAGGCAGGCGGAGAACUGUCGCGACUACGAAAGUGUCUCCCCCAUCUCCUCCCGGGACGCUAUCGAGGUCCAACUCAAAUAUGUCGUUAAAUUCUGAGUUGUCUGUGAGUAGCGUGAGCUCGAGAGAGAGAGGAAGAGGAGGAAGGCAAAGAGGGAGAGGGAGGAAGAGCGAAACUGAGCGGCCGCCGAGUGGAAAUGACUCACAAAAAGGACGAAAAAGCACGAGAAUCUGCCUUAAACGUGACGAAGAAGACGAGGGAGACGAUAGCCGGCCGUCUGUGUCCACAAGGGGGAAACCUGGAGCUAAAGACGGUGCCUCAGAAACACCUGAACAUGAGGAAGAGCAAAGGGAUGAAAAGGGAAGAGGAGGGAGGACAAAACAGGUGGAGAUUAAAAAAGAAGCGGAAACGGCAGCAUCACAAGUUGAAGAAAAACCCAAAGAUAUAAGUUUAAGUAGUAAAAGAAAGACGGCAGCUAAAGAUAGUUCCUCAAAAACACCUGAAAAUGAGGAAGAGCAAAGAGACACGAGUACAAGUACAGAGAGAAGAAGAGGGAGGACAAAACAGGUGGAGAUUAAAAACGAAUCGGAAACAGCAGCAUCACAAGCUCAAGAAAAUCACAACGAUACAAAUUUAAGCGGUAAAAGAAAAGCAGCGGUGAAGAAUCCCCCCGUGAGAAAGAGCACGGAAGUAACAGAAGACGACGCGAAACCCGACAAACCGAAAGCUAAAGGCCGUGGAUCCACCGCCCAGGCGAAAAACCCGGAAGAGCGUGACGACGGAGGCUCGUCGGCAAACAACUCCAUGGAACAGGAAGAGACUCCGAGGAGCAGCGUUUCCCGUAAAAGAAGCUCCACAGAUUCAGAGUCAGAUCCUUUGGCGAAGACUCCGCGUUCCUCCUCUGCGUCGCCGAGUUCUGCACGAUCCAGAGCGGCGAGCCAGGUUCACAAGGUUUUGUUCACCGGAGUCGUAGAUGACGCCGGAGAGAAAGUCCUGUCUCGAUUGGGAGGCUCCAUCGCUAAAGACGUGUCGGACAUGAACUGUUUAGUGACCGAUAAAGUGCGGAGAACGGUUAAAUUCCUGUGCGCCGUGGCUAAAGGGAUCCCCAUCGUCACGACUCAGUGGCUGGAGAAGAGUGGAAAAGCGGGGACGUUUUUGCCCUCGAGCGCGUACCUGGUGAAAGAUCGUGAGCAGGAGAACAAGUUUGAUUUCAACCUGCAGGAUUCUCUCAAAGCGGCGAGCGGGCAGCCUCUUCUACAGGGAUACCAGAUCCAUGUCACUAAGUCCGUGAAGCCAGAGCCGGUUCACAUGAAAGAUAUUAUUUCCUGCAGCGGAGCCGUGUUCCUACCCAGAAUGCCCUCUGCUAACAAGCCCAACACCGUGGUCGUUUCCUGUGAAGACGACUGGCCUCUGUGUUCUCCCGCCGUCUCCUGUGGCGUCCCGGUCGUCAGCAGCGAGUUCAUCCUCACCGGGAUCCUGCAGCAGAAACUGGACCUGGAAAAACAUAAACUCCAGGGACCCGUGUGUGCGCCGACGACAGGAGGGAGAGGCAGGGGGCGCAAGAAAACAUGAACCAACACGCAGCAGCCUUUUUGAAGCUAAUCGGAGCGAAAAUCGUG